CUGCCACUGGUCCGUGGUCAGGGGCGUUCGCUACAUGGCAGCCCGCAGGCUGCUCCUCUUACAGCCCCGCGGCCUGGCGGCACGUCAGCAUCGCAGCUUUCGCUUAAAAAAAGAAGCGUCAAUAGGCGGAGGCUCAGACCCCGGAAAUCUGCAAAAGCAGGAAGAGCAUGGAGAGUUGCUGCAGCCACUGAUAUUUAUCUUACUGGUUCUGUGCUCUGUCUUGCUGUACUUUGCGGUGUCUUUCAUGGAUCCAGGUUUUGUUGAGUCUGAUGAGGAAGAGAAGGUAGGGGUGAAUGAAGAACAAAGCGUAAUGAUGCCUCAACUUCCAAGCAAUGUUCGGUUGCGGCGCUGUGGAUAUUGCAUGCUGAAGCAACCAAUGAGAGCCAAGCACUGCCAGCUGUGUCGGCACUGUGUACGUCGCUAUGACCAUCACUGCCCCAUGAUUGAGAACUGCAUAGGAGAGAGGAAUCAUCCAUUCUUUAUAGCCUACCUGGCUGUGCAGCUUGUGGUUCUCUUGUGGGCCUUUCACAUUGCAUGGUCAGGCCUUUAUUUUGAACAGUCUUGGGAGUGGCUGAAGCACAACAUCUUUCUUCUCUUGUCCUUCCUCUUGAUAGUCAUAUUCACCAUUGUAGUGAUGCUGCUGCUGGUUUCACAUUUGUACCUAGUGUCAUGUAACACAACCACCUGGGAAUUCAUGUCACGCCAUCGCAUCUCCUAUCUCCGACACAGUGAAUCAGAGAACCCCUUUGAUCAAGGUGUCAUUCUCAACCUCUGGAGAUUCUUCUGUGCCUGCCACCUGAUUACAUGGGAGAAAAUAUACUUUCAGGAGGACAGUGGCCCUGUUUAAUUACAGAAUGUAAAUUCAUCCAGGAUUUAAUUAUGUAAUCCAAGUUUGAUUACAGAAAGGAAAAUGACAAUUACAAGAUGCGCAGAUAUGCAUGUCCUCUUACUGCAUUAAUCAUUCAGGUUUUAACUGACAGAAGAUAUGUGAAAAUAGGUGGCAAAGAGGCUGCAUCUCAGGGUACAUAUGUACGAAGGGCUUUAAGAACGGAAUUUAAUAGCAGGGACAACCUCAGUGAGAUGUUAGAGAAAACACUUGUGUGGUAACCCAUUUCCAGCUGCUUCAGUGGGAAUUCAGUUCAUAAUGAACCAUGCAACAAUUUGUACAAUGGUCCCAUCCACAGGAGCAAGUCUGUUUACAAGAAGAUUAACCAUGGAGCCACCCUGCCACUCAUUCUUCAUAUCCAGAUAAAAAUAACUUUUAUUAAAAGGGACUCCUUGGUUCUGGGUAGCACCGACGGGGUGAAUGUGAGUGGAUGCGUACACUGCUCCUUUACCUCUUUUUGCAGCCAUCAAACCUAUUGAGACAAAUGCAGAGACAGCCUGAAUAGCUGCUUCCACUUAUUUCACUAAGGUUUGAGCUUUACUACCGAUUGUCUGCCUAAGAAACAGAUGUUACACACCAAAUUCAAGUUUUGAAUUUGUUAAACUUAUGCUUUACGGUUAUGUGGCUACUUAGGUACAAGUGAACAAAACACCACAAUUGACAAACAUAAUGCAGACCAUAGAUUCAGUCAUUUGAUAUAGAAAUUCACAAGUUUUCAGUGAAUGUAGAUUUCUCAGAUUAACUGUUUUUGUCAACAGACAAAAAAAAUUGUCAACUGCAUUAUUUGUACACACCACUUAUUCAGAGCUCUCACCUCUAGCUUGUUUGAGAAAAGCCUCCCUCAAAAUAUUGUUCCAAUUAUAUAAAACAGUAAAUGGAUGAGUGGCAGUGAAGAGAAGAUAUUUAUGAAUGCCCUGAGGUGGUUUUUAACUUGUAACAGUAGGCUGGAGACAGAAUUCUUAUUUCCUUGCCUAGCCGGAGCAACUUUACUAAUAUUACUGCUAAAUCCAUGUCUUUAUGCUGUUUUCUCUAUACUAUAUUUAAUACUCUUAGGCUAUGUCUACACUGGCAGGUUCUUCCACAAGAACAUCUUGCGCAAGAGUUCCUGCACAAGAACACGCCAUAUGCUUUUGCGCAAGAGCAUCCAUGUGGAUGCUCUUUGCGCAAGAAAGUUCUGAUGGCCAUUUUAGCCAUAGGGCUUCCUUGCGCAAGAAACCCCUGCCCCACAGCCACAUUUGCGCAAUAGGGCUUACACUUUUUAGAAGAGAGCAUAGCUGUUGCGCAAAAAGCCCUCUCUUCCCAUGCUUUACUUGCGCAAGAGCGGGCGGGCUGUGUGGACGCUCUAUGGGAUCUUGCGCAAAAACCUGCUAGUGUAGACACAGCCUUAGUUUUUUAAUUUAUUUACUUUGUAAUCAAGAGGCUAGUCUUUUUUUUUAUUUGUAAAGCAUUAAAACAUGUGCAGGUACUGUAUUAAGGAUACCCAAAAGAUUACUAUUUAACAAAUAUCCAUUUUAAUCUAAAAUAACUUAAUUUCUUGAGCUUUAAGCAGCAUGAACAGUGAAAUGAACCUGUAAUUAGUUUAAAUUACAAAUUACCAGAUGCCAUUGCAAAGAUAGUCCUCAGCCUCAAAAAAGGAAAGCCUUUCUGCACUGAAUUUUAGUCCUGAAAAUAUUUCUAAUUAUAAGGUUUUGUAAAAAUUCUCUUAUGCUUAUUUGGUGCCUUAGUAUCUUUCAUGACUCAGGGGUUAGCACUUGACACAAAUGGAUGGUUGUCACAUUGUCAGAUUGCACUCAGCUUCCAAGAUAGAUAGGCACUCCUAGAAUACUGUUUUACUUUGAAAAGGCAGCUCAGAGCCAGGAGGGUUUAUGUAUGUCUGAUACCAGAAAAUCAUUGCAGAUCCCUUAGGACUAGGACUGUGUCUUGUACAGAGCAGAACACACUAUCAUCCCAGUGGAAUAUCAAUAUCAAGAUAGGAUCUUUCUGGAUUGUACGUUACCAUUAGGAAAUGAUUAUGGAAUUAGAAUUUUGUUAAGAAUGUUGUUCUGCCAGACUAGAGUUCACUUCACAUUUAACUGUGUUGGGGUCAGUUAUCACAUGGAAAAAAAAUAACUAUCAGCCUAAAUACUGAACUGAAUACGCUCAAGUUAGAUGUUUGAUGGGGUGGUAAAUUUUUUAAAAAUGCCUGGGUUGCUUAUUUAAACAGUUUAAAUGCUAUUAAUUGUUGUUUUUGACACAAUCAUUAAAAGAUUAAAUCUA